AUCAAGCAGCAUUGCUUUUGCACCAAAAGAAAAAAAUAAUAAUAAAAAGAUAAAAGAAAGAAAACUUUUCCUCUGCAAUCGUUCUUUUUCUUUUCUCAAUACAUUAUAUAAUUCUCAGUCAAAGCCUUAACUCUCUGUAUCUUUCUCUCUUCUCACUUCUUGCAUUACAUUUCACAGUUAAUCAGAAGCUCUAUGGAUGAGCUAAUUAUAUCUCCAUCUUCAUCUUCUUCUCUUGUUUCCUUUUCCCAAGGAACUCCACCUACUCUCCAACAAAGGCUUCAAUUCAUACUUCAAAGCCAACCAGACUGGUGGGCUUAUGCUAUCUUUUGGCAAACAUUAAAUGCCGAUAAUGGCCGGAUCUUCUUGGCUUGGGGAGACGGCCACUUUCAAGGCACGAGAGACACAUCUCCAAAUCAAGCCACCAUCAACAAUAAACACAUCCAAUCACACCGAAUUUCAAGCUUAAACUCUGAGAGAAAGAGAGGCAUGAAAGGAAUCCAAGCUCUCAUCGGCAGCGACAAUCAUGACAUCGAUGUGUCUAUUAUGGACGGCAGCAACGCUACUGAUGCUGAAUGGUUCUAUAUCAUGUCUCUCACUCGAUCUUUCUCUGCAGGAGAUGGUGUUCCAGGGAAGGCACUUAGUACUGGUUCUUUGGUGUGGUUAACGGGUCGCCAAGACCUACAGUUCUACAACUGUGAAAGAGCUAAAGAAGCACAAAUGCAUGGCAUUGAAACACUUGUCUGCAUACCAACAUGUGAUGGAGUUCUUGAAUUGGGAUCAUCUGAUCUGAUCAGAGAAAACUGGGGUGUUGUUCAACAGGCCAAGUCUCUUUUCGGAUCAGAUAUGAUGCCUAACAAUCCCAGCCCACCCAUCCAUUUACUUGACAUGAACAUUUCUUUCGCUGAUAUAGGCAUAAUCGCGGGAGUACAAGAAGGAGAUACAACAACUCAUGCAAAUCAGAAACCACAAGAAAAUGAUGCAAAGAAAGAGUCUAAUAACGCAGAGUCGGAGCAUUCCGACUCGGAUAGUUCAUUACUAGCUGCUGCUUCCCUAGAUAAAAAGACCCCAAAGAAAAGAGGAAGAAAACCUGCCCUUGGCCGAGACACACCACUGAACCAUGUAGAGGCAGAACGGCUGCGGCGAGAGAAGCUCAACCACCGCUUCUACGCCUUGCGAGCCGUUGUCCCGAACGUGUCAAGGAUGGACAAAGCAUCAUUGCUAUCUGACGCUGUCUGCUAUAUAAAUGAAUUAAAGGCGAAGAUUGAGGAAUUGGAAUCACAGUUACACAGGAAGUCCUCCAAAAGGGUAAAACUAGAAGUAGCUGAUAACACAGAUAAUCAAAGCACAACCACUUCCGAAGAUCAAGCUGCCAGCAAGCCUAUUAGUACCGUUUGUACUACUACUGGAUUUCCGCCUGAAAUUGAGGUAAAGAUUUUAGCUAAUGAUGCUAUGAUUAGGGUUCAAUCUGAAAACGUGAAUUAUCCAGCCGCUAGGUUAAUGACUGCUUUACGUGAUCUUGAGUUUCAAGUGCAUCAUGUUAGUAUGUCUACUGUUAAUGAACUCAUGCUUCAAGAUGUUGUGGUUAGGGUUCCUGAUGGAUUGAGAACUGAAGAGGAUUUAAAAACUGCUAUUUUCAGAAGAUUAGAACAAUAAGAUUACUGUUUAUCUCUUGCAACUAAUGUAUUGAUAACGGAGUGUUGUUUAUUAUCUUUGUUCUUGGUUGGAUUUUUUUUCUCUUCUUUUCCCGAUUUUUAGUUCUUUUCUUAGUUUCUUCUGUAAAUUUCCGCCAGACAUAUGUAAUGACACUGAUUCGCUGGACUUUCUUGCCAUGUAUAAAUACUCGGUGUAAAUAA